AAUGUGUUGUGUUCAAUUGAGAACGCUCUCGUAGCUAUGACACGCUAUCUGCGCCGAGCAGAGUCAGAAAAAGGGAAUGCUGUAUUCAGCGAGGUAUUAUCGCGCACUUUGCAGCGCAAACUCGUGUCACUUAUGUGUUUCCAAUUUGUUGAGGAGGAAGGCCGUUCACGAGUUCUGAAAACUUCGAGAUUGAUAGCCGAAAGAAUAAUGAUGGAGCUGUUGCUUAGUCAACAAAAUUCCUGUAGUGUUAGCACACAUCUUUGGACGGCUGUUCGCGCCAGAGGUUGCCAGUUUCUCGGGCCAGCAAUGCAAGAGGAUGUUCUGAAGUUAAUUCUUCUUGCACUUAAUAAAGGUGCACUGAUAGCUCGGAAAGCAUUAGUUAUGUAUGUGGUGCAAAUACUAGCGGAAGAUUAUCCCCAAAUGGCGCUUGAGUGUGGUCUUCGAAUCAGCCCUGAUCAGUGGAGCGCGUUGUUGUACGGUGAUCAGUCUCAUCGAUCACAUAUGCAAUCCAUAAUAGAUCGACUGCAGACCCCUAAGUCAUACAUGCAAGAUGUGGACGAGCUCAUUUCAGUUUCAAAUGAAACAGAUUCAAUGACUACCGCAUGUGAUUUAGCGCAAAUAACGCAGCUUCUUCGCCAUUUUGAUUCGCUUUCAAUUCAUCAUGAACGCGUAAGUUGGCAACGAUUCGCGGAGUACAUUGGCGCUUUAUACAAGCUUAUAAAGUCACAUGCCGAAUUAGGAAUAAAGCGAAAUGAACAAUGUGUUUGCAAAGGACGGCGUCCUUCGUUACUACGCCCUAUUGCUCAUUUAAAGUCUGCAGUAGUUUACAAAGCCUACACGUACAAGACGAAGAUGUGCAGGGAUAUUUCUGCCCGUCGUUUGUGUCCACGUGGGGCACGAUGCACUUACGCUCAUAGCACUGCAGAGCUUCGUAACGGAUCCCGAAGGAAUGUCACAUCUUGCUUCCAGCAAUCUAAUAACGGCCACUUAGCGACACAGCGUGUAAUGGUUCCAUCAGCUAUAUAUCCAACUGGUAUAAAUGGGACUUACCACAUUGAUUCGUCACUUACAUCAGUUACACCACCUUCCCUUACUCAUCCGACCAUAGUGCCAAUCGUUCCUGUUCCGCUAAUGAUUUCGCCACAUGCACACCACUCCAUGUCCCAAGUUCCUUCUACUCAUGCAAGUCCUCAAGUGGUUAUGUUGCCUCCUGGGAUAUCUCAUCAAGGAAUGGUUCUGAGCAACCCGAGACCUUAUCCACAAUCUUCUGGUGCUUUUCACUUAUCACCUCAACCAUCUUCGUUAUGUAACACACAUCCGCCUGGCGUUCCUGAUGCUGUGCUCGUUCACCAUUUGAAUUCUCCGCCCAGUCAAUCACCUCAUCAAAUUUGGGUGCAUACGUCUCCAGCGGUAUAUUCCUUUGAUACAACACCUGAUAAUGGCUUUGUGUGGUCAAGUCCAUGCAGACCCGAAUUGACUGUUCCACCUCCUUCAGUGCAGUCAUCUCGACUUGGCGAUCAGUCACUCGAUACUGAGCAACUGAUGAUGAAACGGAACGAAGUCAUAAAUCGCUUUGUUCCUCUAACAUUGCUGGACGAAGAUGAGUUUGAAGAUGGUGGUGUUGGUCACGUAUCUUAUACAGUCGCUUCAUCGGUCUUGGAUGAAAGAGGAGAACUCCAUCCUGUGGCAUUAAUGGUUGGUCCACAAGCAUUGGAACUGCCUCCAAUACCUGCAGCAAACCUAUCCACUAUACCUCUGCCCACAACAGUGGCGGACGGAACGGUGUAA